AGAUUGUCACAUACUUGUAGCCAUAUAGUGUAUGUGCAUGAUUCUGGAAAAAUACUUCAGUUCGGAUUUACAAACAUUUGGAUUCUUAUAAAAAAAAAAAACGCAGUGUCAAAUAAAAGUAAAAAUAAAAUCACAUAUUAUUGUGUACUGCUUAUUACAUGAGGGAAUUUCUCUGAACGCUAGCCCACAGUGCUAAUGUGCUAGAUGCUAUCUAGUGCACUUGGUGUAGUGUAGGUGGAGCUAGGGCCGGCGCCAUUUUGUUCUACUGAAACUGCAGCUCAGGGAAGCACACUAUUUUCAAGCACCCUAGCUUCAGUCUUCUUAUCUUUACGAUUUUAUAUUCAGUCGUAAACUAUGGCCAGCUCUGAAUUUACAUAUAAACUGACCGACGAGGACAUAAAGAAGCUAAUCCGGCUGCGCACCACCAACGCUAUUCUCUUUACCAGGAAAAGAAAUGCGGCUAAAGCAGCCUGGAGUGCAAUUCUGAGAGAGUUAAGGUUGGAUGACAAGGUUACAGUGGAACAAAUUGCAAAGAAAUGGGAAAACCUAAAACUAAAAUACAAGGAAAUAAAAUAUCCUCCCCCUGGUAUGGAGGCAACACCGAGGGCCUCUCAGUGGAGAUGGUAUAAACUCCUGGAUGAAGCUUUAAAGGAUGAGUUUAUUGAUACUGGAUACAACCAAAUGACAUCAUCCGAAGGUGACGAUGAAUCCGGGCCCCGGACCAGCAAGAGGCUAUGUCAGGUAAAAGUGGGAGGAGACGUUUUAGAACUGUUGGUGGAUGAUGACGGUACGUCACGGAUAGCAGACUCGGGAGCAAGCCUGCUGGGAGAGGACAACCCCUCAGGGCUCUCAAACCUAGAGGUUGAGCGAUCCAGACUGGCACAAGAGCGCCAUAUCAUGGAAAAGGAGCUUGAAGAACUAGACAGUGAGAGGCUGGUGUUAGAAAGAGAGAAGGAUUUGGCCGACAGGGAAAAGUUGGCGCUGCAGAGGGAUCGCGCACAGCUGGAAAAGGACAGAGCUGCAGUGGAUAGAGACAGAGCAUCACUGGAACAGGAUCGAGCCAGGUUAGAAAAAGAUAGAGCUGGAUUAGAAAGAGAUAAAGCAGCACUCAUCCGAGACCGAGAGGCUCUAAAGGCAGUAACCCACGGAAAAAAUAUAACAGAGUCUAGUCUCGACACUCAACAUGAUAAAAACAGAGAGAAAUUAGCUUUCUUGUUUGAGAGACUAAUAGAAAAGUUUUAAGGGAGAAAUGAUUAUUGUUAAUUUAUGUGGACUAAGAUUUCAAUUUAUUACACAGCCUGUGAAUAAUUUGAAACAUUCAAGUUAAACUUUGAAUUGGUUGUAUUUACUCCAAUUUAGGAAUCAGUUUUCUAGAUAAGUGAGCAUAGGAUUGGACUAUUAAAUAAUAUUUUUGCUGAAAUGAGAUGUUUUUUCACCCUGAUUUAGUUCAUGGUUUAAAAUGUUCUUUAGAAAAAUGACACUUGUGUUGCUUUUACCUGUAAAACAUAAAGAUCCAUACCAGAUACAUUUGAAUGUUUGUAAUUAUGCAUAAGUCUAAAUAAUUAUGAUAUUUGUAUAAAAUAUACAAAGAUACAAGAAAAUUGUUUUGUUACAUUUUUUGUUUUAUUGUUAAAGUUUAAAGAAAAUGUAAC